AAUCAGUUGAGAAAUGACGUUGAGCAGGCAUGCUUGAGAUAUAAGUUUAUUUUUGAAAUUCCAUGAGGUUGAAAAGAUGUGUGAUAGAAAUACAAAUUCAUAAUUUUAAGCGAAUUUAUUUUGCCACAUAACAUAAACUAUUCUUAAGGAGAGCAGCGGUUAGAGUUCUCUAAAUUUUUUCCAGAUAUUCAUUGAAUUUGUUAAAUAUAUCCGAUUGUUGUAUGCAAUCAGAAGCAGCCAUCCUUUGUAUAUUAUUUAUAUCGCCACAUAUCGAUAACUAACGAUUAACGACGAACUAUCGUUUUCUGCUCUUUGCUAAAAAGUUAAUAAAACAAGUUUAGAAGGCGUUCAUACAAGUGCAUAAAUCACCGAAUUCUGAUUAAAUUACUGUAAAUGUAAUUAAAGAGUAAUGAGUUGUUUCAAAUGCUGUAGGCAAUAUGUCUUCAAAGUCGAUUUAUUGUAAGCUGUAUAAAGAUGAUGGAGAGGAUGUAAAGACGAAUAUUAAGCGGCGCAAUAGAUGGACAGAAGAUAGCGAGAAGUUAUUCCUUCAGUUAUGGAGGGAGAACUUGGAUGAACGUGCUUGCAAGAAAAACAGUCACAUUUUGAUGGAAAUUGUUGUGGAAAUGGAGUUACAGGGUUUUAAAUACAGCUUAAUAGAAAUGAAGACAAAGAUGCACAAUAUGACUUCGAAGUACCGAAGGGAACGCAUUGAAGUCAGAUCUACAGGUAUACCAUCGCUUUGGGAGCAUUAUGAUGAGAUGGAUUCGUUAAUAACUGAGUAUGAAAAUGGCCCCCGCGACUCCAUGGACAUUGACUACUCUAACGCGAAAAAAAUAAAAAGUGAUCAUGGAAUGUCGCUUCUGAUUUCUCAGAAAAACCACAAAUCACGCAAAGAUUGCAAAUCUUCGUGCAAUGAUAACAAUUUCGAUACUAUAAGUGGUAGCGAUGACAAUGUGGAAAAAAAUAUUAGUUAUAAUGAUGAGAAUAUGGAAACAUCGAAUAACUCUUCUAUAUCAGUAAGAGAAAAUUUAAAGUCCACGAGAAAUUCAGUACGUAAUAAUUACUGUUCAAAGGUACAAAACACAAAGCGAUCCAUUGUGGUGGAAACAAACGGACAUGAUGAUAUGGAUUUAUUUUUUUUAAGUAUGGCUAAAACAGUUAAGAAGCUUUCACAUCACGAACAAGUACAUCUUAAAAGGAAAAUUUGUAAUUUAGUUUUUGAAGCUGAAUUGAAACACUUAAAGCCAAGCGAUGUCGAUGGUAACGAUAUGUAGAUUACAAAUUCUACGAAUUUUAUAGUGUUUUUCAAAUAUCACAAAAGUAAAUGAUUACAAUUUUUUAUGCAUAUGUACAUACAUAUACAUAUAUAUUGAAAAUCACAUAGUAUACAUAAGCCAGAUAUUCGAAAUAUCUUUGUAAAAUCCACUAAUUUUUUACUCAUAAUUUAAUUUGAAAUGCAUAUUUUAAAAAUAUAAUAUACGAUAAAAAUAUAACUUUCAUCUUGAUAUCAUUUUAAUUUUUAAAGUGUGAAAAUUUAAUGUAAAAACUUUUAAUUUUUUAAGAAUAGAUGAUGACACUUUAACCUUAGUACCUAACACACCUUUAUUUAUUAUCGAUGUUAACAUCUUUUAACAGUUAUUACAUUACUAGUUGGCUUAGAUUUGUUUGUACUCGGAUUAUCAGAGAGUUGCGUGCUGAUUUUCAAUUACUAUGUUGAAAAAGACAAAUAAAAAACGUUAAUGUUAAAAAAAUGUCCAUUAAAUUAAA